AUGGCUUGGUAUGCAAUGCUACUGGCCGCCCCUCUGCUACUGGCAGCGGCGUGGGUUGUCGACACGGGCAUCCGCCUUGCGCGGAAUUACGCGUCAGUUCGCACGAUCGGCGUACCUAUCCGCAUGAUUCCCAUCAGUCCCCUCAACCCAUUCUGGGUUCUCCUGGAUAGGAAGGUCUUGUCGGUCCUUCGCCGUCUGCCGUUCGGCGACAACAGUUUCACCCGGUACAACUGGCGGGGAUGGGAGAUCAGUGAUAGGUACCGAUCACACUAUGAAAUGGGCGACAUCUGGGUCCUGGUGACGCCUUUGAAAAACUGGGUAUACGUCAAUGACCCGGAGGCUUUGAUGUCUGUUUUCCGAAGGGGAACAGACUUCCCUCGGCCGGUCUUUGUCUCGGAGGUCCUCAAUAUCUUCGGGCCCAACAUUGCUACGGCAGAGGGCCACCAAUGGAAAACGCAGCGGAGAGUCGCGACACGAUGUUUUAACGAGCAAAACAAUGAGAUUGUCUGGGUUGAGAGCAUCACCCUGGCCGGCGAUAUGCUCCGCUACUGGACAUCCAAGACCUCCCUUGCAUCAGCUGCGGCAGACCUACGUACUCUAUCCCUCCACGUACUCUCGCGUGCUGGCUUCGGCAAGUCCUUCAAGUUUGUCGGCCACGACGAGAGAGACGCAUCCGCCAACCCAGCCAGCAAUUAUAAGGUGUCUCUGCAAAUCAUCCUGGAGAACUGCAUCCUUAUCCUCGCGUUUGGUACCAAGUUUAUUGCGAACCCCUGGCUUCCGCGCAAUUUCCGGAUCGUGCACGAAGCAUGGGUCGCAUUUCACGCGUACAUGACAAAUUUAUACGAAGAGGAGAAGCGCAACUUUGCCGAAGGAAAGACGUCCGACCACAACCUGAUGACGUUGCUCAUCCGCGCGUCCCAGGACGAAGCAAAGACUUCGGGUGGCCUCACAGAGAGCGAAAUAUAUGGCAACAUGUUCGCCUUCAAUUUCGCCGGCCACGACACCACUGCCAACACAUUUACCUUUACUAUGUACUUUAUCGCAGCGCAUCCCGACGUUCAAGACUGGCUGUCUGAAGAGAUUCGGGCUGUUGCCGGAGAUCGUCAGCCGAACGAGUGGGAUUACCGCGCCGAUUUCCCACGUCUCAAGCGUUGCCUAGCUGUCCUGUUCGAGACAAUGCGGCUCUACACCCCCGUGCCCGUGAUUAAGUGGACUGGCGACCAUGCGCAGCCGCUAACAGUGGGCGACAGGACUAUUGUUAUCCCACCGCAGUGCAUGAUCUCUCCGAGCUAUGGCUCUGUGCAGACGGACCCGAGGUACUGGGGAACGGAUUCUCUCGUGUGGCGGCCCUCGCGGUGGAUUAAGGCCGGGCGAGCGGGUGACGAGGAGAUGGAUCUGCACACACGGGGCGCAUUCAUCGGCUGGUCUGAGGGCACGCGCGACUGCCCGGGCAGGAAGUUCUCCCAGGUCGAGUUCGUCGCGACUCUGGCGGUGCUAUUUCGCGACUGGCGCGUAAGCCCCGUCCUGAACGAAGGGGAGAGCAUAGCUUCUGCUCGGAAGAGGGUAAUGAACCUCAUCAAGAAUGACUCAGGCACCGUCUUGCUCCUCCAAAUGCUUCAUCCUGAGCGAGCGCCCUUGACUUGGAGCAGACGAUAG